AUUACAAAGAAAAGGAGGUGAGAGAAAGUUGGAGAGAGAGAGAGAUGGGGAGAAUUACUAGUGCUUUGUUGCUGCUCGCGGUGGCCGUGUGCUAUGCGGUGGCAGUGGUGAGCGGCGAAGGAGAGAGGAGGGAAGAGAGGUUCGUGUUGCGGGACGUGAAGCGGGUGGUGAAGACUGAUGCAGGGGAAAUGAAGGUGGUGAGGGGCUCUAAAGGGUGUAUUUCGGAGUGGCCGAAUAUUCAUGUCGGGUUCGUUACCAUGGAGCCCAAUUCCCUAUUCAUCCCUCAGUACCUCGACUCCGACUUGAUCCUCUUCAUUCGUCGAGGGGAAGCAAGGAUUGGGUCAAUCUACAAGGAUGAGCUGACAGAGAGGAGAUUGAAGAGCGGAGAUGUGUAUAGAAUUUCAGCUGGUUCGACAUUCUAUUUGGUUAACACUGCCGAUGGCCAACAGCUUGAUGUCAUUUGUAGCAUUGAGAAAUCUGAUAGCAUUGGAUGGGGCACAUUCCAGUCUUUCUUCAUCGGCGGAGGCUCAUAUCCAACAUCUGUACUUGCUGGUUUCGAACGCUCAACCCUUUCUACCGCAUUAAACGUCUCGGAAUCGCAAGUGAGCCGGAUCCUGACCGGACAAAGUUCCGGGCCGAUCAUCUCCUUGUCAAACACAAACUCCAACUUGGACUCGCACCAAUCAAGAGUUUGGACCCAGUUCUUGGAAAUGAGGCAUCACGAAAGAGUGCAAUGUCUGAUGAGAAUGGCAAUGCAUUCCGAAGAAGAAGAAGUAACCGAGAAAGAGGAGGAACCGAUUAUGAGGUCGUUCAGGAAGCUUUUGAACUCAGUUUUCGGAAAGGAAUUGAGUGGAAAUGAAGUAGGAAGAAGCAGCAAGAAGCCCCACUCCUACAACCUCUUCAACAAGAAGCCCGAUUUUGAAAACGACUAUGGCUCCAGCGUUGCUCUUGACCAGUCCGAUUAUUCGCCUCUCAGGCACUCCGGUGUUGGCCUCUAUUUAGUCAAUCUUAAUGCGGGAUCGAUGAUGGCACCACAUCUCAACCCGACAGCAACAGAGUACGGCAUCGUUUUGAGAGGAAGUGGCACAAUCCAGAUAGUGUUUCCCAACGGAACCUUAGCCACGAACGCGCAAGUGAGCGAAGGCGAUGUGUUCUGGAUCCCGCGCUACUUCCCAUUCUGCCAGAUCGCCUCUGGGUCCGGCCCGUUCGAGUUCUUCGGAUUCACCACCUCGGCCGGCAUUAACCAGCCCCAGUUCUUGGUGGGCUCCGACUCUGUCCUACAAAGCAUGAGGGGGCCCGCUUUCGCAGCCGCCUUCGGGGUGAGCGAAGAGAGGCUCAAGAAAAUCGUGAAUGCUCAGAGUGAAUCUAUCAUUCUGCCCCCGGGAUCUGCUUAAUUCGGUGGAGAAAGCGAAGAACAAGAGGGUUUCAGACAUGACCGGGAGCUUCGAUGAUGAGAUGGUUAUGGGCUUCGGGGGAAUUUACUAGGUGGCGGAAUCGUAGGACUUGUUUUUUUUUUUUUUUUGGGUAAAAUAAGGUAGGAAGAUUUUUGUUUUUUUUU